AUGACGGCAACGCCAACCUCAAUACCAGACGAAGAGAAAGAUGUCGGCACCAUCUCAUCACCCUCCCCUCCCUCACCGCCCUUCACAAGCCCAUACGACUGGCCUCUCACCCGCAAAAUCGCCAUCGCCCUCAUCGUCUCCCUCGGCCAACUCGUAACCCUCAUGUCCGCCUCCAUGAUGGCGCCCGCCCUCCCCACCAUCGGUCGAGACCUCCACAUGGGCUCGACCGAAAUCCAAAUCUCCUUCUCGAUCUACCUCCUCGGUCUCGCGUUUGGACCAUUCCUGAUCGGGCCGGCGAGUGAGAUGUUUGGCAGGAAGUCGGUGUGGACCUGCUGUAAUCUGUGGUAUAUCUUUUGGAAUGCGAUUUGUCCCGUGGGGAAGUCGGCGGCGGUGAUGGUUGUUGGGAGGCUUUUGGCGGGCGCUGGGGCGAGUUGUGGGACUACGAUGACUGGGCCUAUUGUGGCUGAUAUGUUCACGAGAGAGAACCGCGGCAAGUCCAUUGCUUUGGCGACUGUAUUUCCCUACCUGGGCCCGGCCUUAGGUCCAAUCGUAGGCGGUGUCGUCAGUCAGAAAGUCAGUUGGCCAUGGCUCUUCUGGGUCCUGAGCAUCUUCGACGGAGCUGUGUUGCUCGUUGGAAUCCUGUUCAUCCGCGAGAGUUACAUGCCCGUCCUCUUGCGAAGACACCAACGCAAGGUCAACGGACUGAAAAGAGAGCCAUUCCUCAGCGCAUACCCCGAGCUACUACGCAAAGCGCGAACCGCCUUGGCCGUUCCAAUUCGACUCCUCUUCCGUCGACCCAUCAUCAUCAUCCUAUCCUUCCUCAUGGGUCUCGAAUUCGGCGUCUACGUCCUCUGGCUCUCGGUCUACGCCACGCUCUUCAUCGACGAGUACCACGAAACACCCACCAUCUCCUCGCUGCACUACAUCGCCAUCGCCAUGGGAGCUUGGCUCGCUGCCCAAGUCGGCGGCCAGACCCUAGACAUAAUCUUCAAGAAAAUGAAAGCCCGCCGUCCAAACGAAGAAGCACCACCAGAGUACCGCGUCCCUUUACUCGCGAUCGGAGUCCUCAUCUGCCCCGUCGGUCUCUUCUGGGCAGGUUGGUCCGCCCAAAGCGGCAUCCACUGGAUCAUGGUCGACAUCGGCUCCGUGAUCUUCACGAUCGGGGGCUUCGUCACCGCGCAAGCCGUGCUCGCCUACCUUCUCGACGAGUUCCAGAAAUCCGCUGCGUCGGCCAAUGCGGCGGCGAGGAUGCUCAGUAAUUUGUUUGGGUUUAGUUUUCCGUUGUUUGCGCCGCAGUUGUAUGCGACUUUGGGGUAUGGGUGGGGCACGACGCUGCUGGCGUUGGUUUGGACUGUUUUUGCGGUGCCGUUGACGGUUAUGCUUUGGUUUAGAGGGGCGGAGGUUAGGGCUGUUGGGAGGAGGGAGGAGAAUGACUUGUAG